AGCUUAGCUCAUUUAAACUCUCAGAAGUGUGUCAGUGUUUCGCUAACAGGACUGAAUGUAUGAAGCAGAGACGGACUGAACGAGCGCGGUCCAAACUGGACACAUUUUCGGCUGGAAGUACCGGUUGGUCCCUAAAUUAAGAAGACUGACGAGUCUUUUAGUGACAGAAGCUCUUGGAAAAGAUGAAGAAUGUAAGGAGGUAAAGCUGGGAUAUAGCCUGCCAUUCUACGAAGCUCUCCUCUUCACCCCGGUUUACUCAGAAGUUGAAUUUCCAGUGUAAUGGAUGCUGAGGGAGCCACUCACUAUCCAGAAGCCGAGAGGUUUUGGCAUGUGGUGCCGAAAUCUGGAGAUCUGCAUCAUAGGAUGAGGGAGGGGGAGAGCUGGAGGACGGUGCAUGUGUUUCUGUCGGGUGGUGCACCGUGGGGGUUUACGCUCAGAGGAGGGCUCGAGCAUCGGGAGCCUCUGCUCAUAACAAAGGUCGAGGAAGGCAGCAAGGCAGCAGCUGUGAGUCUCCAGGUGGGAGACGAGCUCAUCAACAUCAACGAGGUUCCCCUGAGUGGCUACAGACAGGAGGCAAUCUGCCUCGUGAAAGGCUCCCACAAGACCCUCAGUCUGGUAGUGAAAAGACGGAAUGAACCCAUAAGCAGGCCUCACUCCUGGCACUCCACCAAGUUCAAUGAAAGCCAAUCAGAAGCUGGCAGAAGAAAGUCUCCGCCCACCACAGUGUGGCACCCCAGAUAUGACGCAAGCUCCAGCUCCUCUGCUACAGACCUCUCCUCUGGCUGGGAGCAGACUAACCUGCGCAGAGUGUCUGACCAGUUCAGCUCUCUGGGCAGCAUGGAUAGUCUAGAACAUGUCCCACACUCGUACCCUUCUGGUCAGAUGUCAAACAACAGCACGGAGCACCUUGGAGGAGGGAAAAGAGACUCUGCUUACAGCUCCUUCUCUACCAGCUCAAGCACUCCAGACUAUUCACUGUCAAAAAGCAAUGCUGCCUCGACGGAGAAUGUAGCCUAUAAGGUCGGUCAGUGGGAUAUGGGAGCAAAGCACAGUAAUAGCAGAAACAGCCAGAGUCUGGUUGCUGAAGGGGGCAGACAGGAGGAAAGACUAAUGUAUUUUCAGAUGCCAGGAGUUAACUCUGGCCACAGUGGUCCACAGAAUGAGGAUUCAGCUGGGUCCCGGCACUCCUCUUCAAGCAGAACCAGCUUUGGGCCCGUGUGGAACGUCCCUGAGAAAAAGAAAAGUGUUUCAGCCUCUCCUCCCCCUCCGCUUCCUCCUGCACGCAGCGAUAGCUUUGCCGCAACUAAGGCACAUGAGAGAGGGAUGGUUAAAACUCCCCCCGAAGGACCUGAGCCCCACCUGGCCUGUAAGGUUCCUGCUGAAAAUCGCCGCGGCCACAACAUUUCCCCAAAGAACGAAAGCGAAAAUGUUUACGUCGGUUCUGACAAAUGCAGUAACUCCCAAUACAGCUCGAACAAGCAGUACUCAUUUUACAGCCAUGAUGUUGGACAGCAACAAGUCCCCCAAGGUAGCCAGCUCUUCCAUUCAAGACAACAUGGUGACAAAAGCACUUUCCAUCAUCCGCCCCGUUUCACAUCUGUACCAAAGCCACAGCAUGUAGGUGGAUCCCACUGUAGCUCGCAAGAACCUUCUACUAACGGUUCUACUAAACAUUCCAACCAGAGACGAAGCCUAAGCUCCUCCCUGUCUUCUACUACCACUAACCAAAACACAGAGACCGCCGGGCCGAAUCGUUAUUACUGUGUCUCUACGUCCAAUCAGCCUGCAUCUUGGUCAGACAUACCAAAUGACCGGAGGAGCGGCACUGGUGUGGAUUCAUCACAGCCUGGAACUGAGCAGAUGGUCAAUAAAGUCAAGUAUCAACCCCCUUCUCACAGCAAAGACAGCAAUGUUUACAGUAAGCACCAGGUGACUACUGUUCCAGAGACUUCUGUUCUGAAACAUUUCUCUGAUGACAGGGAAAGCCAGAGAAGAAACAGCGGACAGAUGACAGAUCCUUUGUAUGUCAGUAACCCUCCUAAGAAACACCCCGAGCAGAGGAGGUCUCUGCCAGCUCAGCUCAAAGACUCCCAUCAAGACUUUGUGGGGAGCCAGGUGAGCAACAUCUGCCCCAAGACAACCCCAAUGCUUCACUCCCUGUCCAUGGGUGUUAAAGGUCAGGAGGAGAAAAGCAGUGGUCCAAACUCUGAGGAGUGCUUAGAAAGCAAGCAAGUAAAGCGCAGUGAGCGGUUCGCCACCACCCUGAGAAAUGAAAUCCAGAUGAGAAGAGCGAAGCUGCAGAAAAGUACGAGCGCAGCUGCCCUCCCUGAAGCCGAGGGGGAAGUAGGGGGUCAAGAUUCGUGUAAAUCAACUAAAUCAUCCAUUCCAACCUCUGCAGACGGGUCCUUCUCCAACUCCUACAAAGACAAUUUAAAGGAAGCGCAAGCAAGGGUGCUCCAGGCUACAUCUUUCAGGAGGAGGGAUCUGGAACUUGAAGUUCAGGCUCACAAAGAUGUCAACCCUUUGGCAACGGUCACAGAGUCCGAAACACAUCAUUCCACUGGUCACGUAACUCGCAUUGGUUUCCGGAAGCGAAUCCCUACAGAAAAGAAGGUCCGGUCUUAUUCUGAACCAGAUAAAAUCUAUGAAAUCGGGGUUAGCCAAAGUCCAUCUGAAAAUGCAAAGUCCUUCCUAGACCAACAAACACACUUCAAUGAACCCAUAAAACCAGGAUUUCCUGAUUACAUGCCCCCUAAAAGCCAAGUCAAAGCUCAGUCCUCUAGCUGCGCAACAGUGGACCCAAAGGGAACCCAGAACACAGAGGUGUCAUACUCCACACCAUCCUCCCCAGAUAAGCAAAGACUCGGUACAUUCGCUGAGUAUGAAGCAAGUUGGAAAAUACAAAAGAAACAUUUAGAGAAAAAACCCAGGGGACGCUAUCGAUCAGCUGAUAACAUCCUAGAUCCAGAAUCCGAGGACCGAACCCAGAGGCCAUGUUUCCAUGAGAGGUCCAGAUCAUCGCCCACAGCAGACAUAUAUGGACAGAAGAUUCCAGUUCCUGCAGGAAACCUUGACACAGAAUAUUCCCAGACGAAGAUUCAGACGACUGAAACGCUCACAGAUACAAGGUCCUACCACGGCAGUUCAGGUGACUGCAGAGAGAGAGAAAAGCCAGCAGAGAUUGAGAAUUACGCCGCACCACCCCCUCCGCUCAUGACAGGAGCCAAUCCUGACUGCAGACGGAGAUCUACUGCUGCUGCCACCAGGAACCACAAGUCUGUAUCUGUUUCUCCCUGUCCCACUGAGCCAGGGGAGCACAGCCCCACACAGCCCCCGGCUGCAGCACCAGCUAAACAGCAAGAAAUAGACUCCCAGAUCUCCUUCACCGGUUCCCAGAGCGACGUCCUUACCCAGUGCCCUUCAAACUUUGAACCUAACCCAACUUUUCAUCCCACCUCCUCUGCUAAGACGGAUUGUGAGCAGGGCAAAGGACAAGAGGCAGAACAUCAUCCAUCAACAUCCAAUCCUCAGCCUGUCUCCUCUGCCCAGGCUUCCUCCUACAGACCUUCAGGGCUUUUCGGCAUGGAGGGGCAGCGCUCUCCCUCUCCACAUUUCUCUCCACAGAGACUCAGCGACAAGCCUCCGGUGUCUCUUCACGCAGACGAAUCAAACAGGGUGGAGCAUUUGAUAGAAAACCAGAAUACCGCAGCAAGAAAAGUUCCCAUCAGGAUCGUACACUCAGAAGGAAGUGAAGAGAAGGAGAACUCCCCGUUUCUCCAGCAGAGUGACCUCCCUCACAGCGAGGCCGGGGGCCAAAGUGUGGCCAGGCUCGGUGCUCUGCCAGCUCUGGGACAGGACUCUGUUUUCUGUGCCUUUACCCGACAGAGGGAGCCAGAAAACAGCCCAGAACCUGAGGUGCAGCAGAGAGACCCAUACAUGACCACUUUGGGAGAUUAUCCAAGCUCCAACAGUGAGGAGCUCAGCAGUAAGGAAGAAGGACUGAGUGAGAGGGAGGAACAGAAGAGAGAGGAGUUGGCCCGGGACAUCAUGGGGAAGGAUAAAUCACUGGUUGAUAUUCUGGAUCAGAGCAAGAUGAGGACCACUAUGGACCUGAUGGAGGGGAUCUUCCCUCAGGGGGAGCAGCUGUUGGAUGGAGCCCACCAGCGCAGGAAGAUACAGACCAAGCAGACCAAGCCAGCCGAAGGGAGGGAAAAGGAGGACAAAUUGGCGGCAGCAGCCUCCAUGGUUACCAGUUCAACAUAUUACAGCACAUCUGCUCCCAAAGCCGAGCUGCUGAUCAAAAUGAAGGACAUGCAGGGACAGGACGAGGAGGAAGACUCUGAGGAUGAGCUGGAUAUUGGCUUGAACAACAAAAAGCAAGAGCUGAUUGACAGCCUCAAAAAAAAGCUCCAGGUGCUGCAAGAGGCUAAAGAGAGCCUUCUGGAGGACAUCAUGGACAACAACGCUCUGGGAGACGAGGUUGAAGCCCGGGUCCAGCAGGUGUGCCGGCCGAAUGAGCUGGAGAAGUUCAGGAUGUUUGUUGGGGACUUGGACAAAGUGGUGAGCCUGCUGCUGUCCCUCUCAGGCCGCCUGGCCAGGGUGGAAAAUGCUCUUAAUAAUCUGGAGGAGGACGCUGCACCAGAGGAGAGGCGUACGCUGAUAGAAAAGAGGAAGCUUUUGAUCCGCCAACACGAGGAUGCAAAGGAGCUAAAGGAAAACCUGGACCGUAGGGAAGGUGUCGUUUGUGACAUAUUGGCCAACUACCUGCAGGAGGACAGCCUGGCAGACUACGAGCACUUUGUGAAGAUGAAGUCGGCGCUCAUCAUCGAGCAGCGUAAGCUGGAGGACAAAAUCAAGCUUGGCGAGGAACAGCUGAAAUGUCUGAUGGACAGCCUGCCCAUCGAGGAAAGACUGGCCUUCUGAAGAAAAGAGCAGCGAGAUCAUGGCUCCAGCUUUCAGUUCAGCUCCGUCACCAGCAGAGGGAGACAGAGAUCUGAACCUGCAGCUGAGAAGCCUGUCUGGGACAAAGGAAAAGUGUUUUUUUUCUGUUUGCUUCACCACUUCACGUCUUUAUUGGAAUGUUUUGGACUGCAUGGGAGGCAGCUCUCAGUCCAGAUGCUCCUCCUUGUCAAACCACUAUAUCUAACAUCCCACUGUAUUUUUACUUUGUUUGUAUCCCUAGUAAUUUAUUGUAGCCAUUUGAAUCUGCAUGGAGGGGGGCAGUAUCUUGUCAUAGCCAUGCUACCUGAUGCGUGUUACAGUAUUUAUCGGUCUACAAAAAUCCAAAUAUUUCAGGUAACUUUAAAGCAAACUAGCGUUUCCCAGCAGAGUUCCUGUGGCCUUGUCUUUCUUCACCCAACAGAAGCGUCUCUGAUCCAGACCUGAAAUAGAUUCUUGUUGCAGUGGUUGUAGAAACAUCACAACAAAGACUCAGUGCUGUUCUUUGUAUCCACUGUAGAAACACCUUUUUUAAAAAUAAUUAUUACCACUAUAUAUUAGCUAAGUUUUUAUAUAAUUUGUGAUAUCUUCACUGUGUUUUCUAAUGCACUGUGUAGAAGCUGAAAGCACCAUUACAUUGCUGUCGUCGUUACUUGAAUAGUUAAAAAAAAACGUUUAGGUAAAGCUUUUUAGGGACGGAUAAAAGGAAGAAAAAAAAAACAAAGCGAUCUGGUUUUUAAUAUCAAACCCAUGAAGCUUUGUUGGUUAAAUCAAGCCUUUCGAUCUAAACCCAGACAGAAGCCGUUUGUUUGGCUGCUACAGAAGGUUGCUCCAAGUUUACACACUUUGUACACCGCCGCAUCCUGACUCUAAACACUUCAUCAGCUCUGCUCCCUCUUAUGAAAUAAAGACUGCUGA